CACGGCUAAAGCCUGGUGAACAUGUAAUCUGGCAUGGGGUAAUUGUGGCUGAAUUCACUUCAGAGGAAUUCAGCGCUAUAAAUACUUCAGGAAGUACUCUUAAAGGUUUUGAUUAUGGGCUACUUGAACUGAUUGUCACUAUUUCUUUAUAA